AGCCGUGCCUGGUGUACAGCAAAUUCCACGACAGUCAGGGCAACACCCAGAGAUACCCUGUCUCGGAGAAACAAAGCAACAGCAAAACAAGAACUGGAGGUCUCAGGAUUUCUCCGUUUCUAGGAUGGAACUCAAAUGCGCUGCUGCAAAGCCGAACUGCGGGUGCACUGGGUCUGAGGCUCGGAGAGAGACAUCUGAGAACAUAACUUGGCGUUCUUCGGAGGAACCGGCUCCUUCUGCACAGAACAGCCACACUGGCAACAGAUGGGUAAACGGAGGCAGGGCUCAAGCGGGUCUGGAGCCUGCUAAGGAGCUGAGGAUGUCAGGAGAGCCAGGGAUGGAGGAAGGGCUCCCACCAUCACCUGCUGCGGCCUGAGGACUUCUUUCCAGAAACCCUCAGGCUGAGUCUGUGAGUUCCACGGGUCGAACUCGAGCUGUGUGGCUGGCUCAGCCGUGCAGGCUCCCAUGGCUGUAGUUUUGAGCAGGACAUCAAUAGAAGGCGAGGUUUUCAGAGGAAGAGGUCCCCAGGAGAAGGCUCCUCUUAGCUCAUCAGGACUGGGUGGCUCAGAGGUUUUGGGUUUUUCCCCCUGUGUUUUUUGAGCAUUGCUUUAACCUUUGCGAGGUUAAAGGUUGGGGGUGGAGUGGAAACCAAAGCCUGAAAUGUAAAGCAGGUCCCAGCCCGGGCAGGUCCAAGGGGCUCCAAGGACACGCGUGACAACACCCUCGAAAGGGCUCCCUCUGUACACUCAGGUCCCCAGCAACCCCCUCCCUUCCUGUUUUGUCUGCUGUCACCAGGCUCUUACCCCAGUAGGGUGGCCUCAGCUUCACAGGUUUCUAAGCUCCAACCCCGCCCCGCCCCCAGGGCGUCCUGACUUUCGGUAAAUGAGGCGGCCAGGAAGCUCAGAGGCCGCACAGGAAGGAGCGGGGACUUUCCUGUCACAGCCCGGCUGCCGCCACCUCGGCGCAGCUGCAGGUAGGAGCUCGGGGAGCGGGCACUGGGCACUGGGGGCGCGGAAGCCGGACGCAGCCGAGGACACCGCACCGGGCGGCGGCAGCAGCGCGCAUGCGCUGCGGGCUCCCUGCCCCCACUCUCCGGUCCGCGGCGCGGGAGGAAAAGGGCCCGAACUUUCCUUUGGUUGUGCUCAUGGCACCUCCGAGUGAGGAGACGCCUCUGAUCCCUCAGCGUUCUUGCAGCCUCUCGUCCUCAGAGGCGGGAUCUCUGCAUGUCCUCCUUCCUCCGCGGGGAUCUGGGCCUCCCCAGCGACUGUCAUUCUCUUUUGGGGACUACUUGGCAGAGGAUCUGUGUGUGCGGGCAGCCAAGGUCUGUGGCAUCCUGCCUGUUUAUCACCCGCUCUUCGCUCUGGCCACCGAGGACUUGUCUCGCUGGUUCCCCCCAAGCCACAUCUUCUCUGUGGAGGACGCGGACACUCAAGUCUUGGUCUACAGGCUCCGGUUUUAUUUCCCUGACUGGUUUGGACUGGAGACAUGUCACCGCUUUGGGCUGCGCAAAGAUCUGACCAGCGCCAUUCUCGACUUACACGUUCUAGAACACCUCUUUGCCCAGCACCGCAGUGACCUGGUGAGUGGGCGCCUCCCAGUGGGCCUCAGCCUGAAGGAGCAGGGAGAGUGCCUGAGCCUGGCUGUGCUGGACCUGGCGCAGAUGGCUCGUGAGCAGGCCCAGAGGCCAGGCGAGCUGCUGAAGACCGUCAGCUACAAGGCCUGCCUGCCACCCGGCCUGCGCGACCUGAUCCAGGGUCUGAGCUUCGUGACAAGAAGGCGCAUCCGCAGGACGGUGCUCCAGGCGCUGCGCCGCGUGGUCGCCUGCCAGGCCGACCGCUACUCGCUCAUGGCCAAGUACAUCCUGGACCUGGAGAGGCUGCACCCGGCGGCCGCCGCCGAGACCUUCCGCGUGGGGCUCCCGGGAACCCAGGAGGAGCCAGGGCUCCUGCGUGUGGCCGGGGGCAGCGGAGUCGCCUGGAGCCCCGGGGACCAAGAGCUUUUCCAGACCUUCUGUGACUUUCCCGAAAUCGUGGACGUCAGCAUCAAGCAGGCCCCACGCGUGGGUCCGGCAGGGGAGCAUCGGCUGGUCACCGUUACCAGGAUGGACAGCCACAUCCUGGAAGCAGAAUUCCCGGGGCUGCCUGAGGCGCUGUCCUUCGUGGCCCUCGUAGAUGGUUACUUCCGCCUGACCUGCGACUCCAGGCAUUUCUUCUGCAAGGAGGUAGCACCGCCAAGGCUGUUGGAGGAGGUGGCAGAGAUGUGCCACGGACCCAUCACGUCAGACUUCGCUGUCCACAAACUGAAGACCGCUGGCUCCCUCCCAGGCUCCUACAUUCUCCGCCGCAGCCCUCAGGACUAUGACAGUUUUCUUCUCACUGCCUGCGUCCAGACGCCCCUUGGCCCGGACUACAAGGGCUGCCUCAUCCGCCGGGACCCCACCGGGGCCUUCUCCUUGGUCGGCCUCAGUCAGCCGCACAGGAGCCUCCGGGAGCUCCUCGCAGCCUGCUGGCAUUCUGGGCUGCAUGUAGACGGUGCCGCCCUGAAUCUCACAUCCUGCUGCGCCCCCAGACCCAAGGAAAAGUCCAAUUUGAUAGUGGUAAGAAGGGGCUGCACCCCUUCCCCAGCCCCCAGCCGCACCCUGUCCUGCUGCACGCUGAUGCAACUGAGUUUCCACACGAUCCCUGCGGACAGCCUGGAGUGGCAUGAGAACCUGGGCCACGGCUCUUUCACCAAGAUCUACCGUGGCCACCGGAGGGAGGCCGUGGAUGGUGAGACACACGAAACGGAAGUCCUCCUGAAGGUCAUGGACGCCAGACACCGGAACUGCAUGGAGUCCUUUCUAGAAGCCGCGAGCCUGAUGAGCCAAGUAUCCUACCCGCACCUCGUCUUGCUACAUGGCGUCUGCAUGGCUGGAGACAGCAUCAUGGUGCAGGAAUUUGUCUAUCUAGGCGCAAUUGAUACGUACCUGCGCAAGCGUGGUCACUUGGUGCCGGCCAGCUGGAAGCUGCAGGUGGUCAAGCAGCUGGCCUAUGCCCUCAACUAUUUGGAAGACAAAGGCCUCCCUCAUGGCAACGUCUCAGCGCGGAAGGUGCUCCUGGCUCGAGAGGGGGUUGAUGGGAGUCCUCCCUUCAUCAAGCUGAGUGACCCUGGCGUCAGCCCCACAGUGCUAAGCCUAGAAAUGCUCACCGACAGGAUCCCCUGGGUGGCCCCCGAGUGUCUGCAGGAAGCCCGGGCGCUCGGCUUAGAGGCCGACAAGUGGGGCUUCGGCGCCACGGCGUGGGAGGUGUUCAGUGGGGGACCCGUGCACAUCACCUCGCUGGAGCCCGCCAAGAAGCUGAAAUUCUACGAGGACCGGGGGCAGCUGCCGGCCCCAAAGUGGACGGAGCUGGCGGGGCUCAUCGCGCAGUGCAUGGCCUACGACCCGGGCCAGCGGCCCUCCUUCCGCGCCAUCCUCAGGGACCUCAACGGCCUCAUUACCUCAGAUUAUGAGCUCCUCUCAGACCCGACGCCCGGCAGCCUGAGUCCCCGAGAUGAGCUGUGCACUGGCACCCAGCUCUACGCCUGCCAGGACCCCACCAUCUUUGAGGAGAGGCACCUUAAAUACAUCUCUCUGUUGGGCAAGGGCAACUUUGGCAACGUGGAACUGUGCCGCUAUGACCCUCUGGGGGACAAUACAGGGCCCCUGGUAGCAGUGAAGCAGCUACAGCACAGCGGGCCAGACCAGCAGAGGGACUUCCAGCGGGAGAUUCAGAUCCUCAAGGCGCUGCACAGCGACUUCAUCGUCAAGUACCGGGGAGUCAGCUAUGGGCCAGGUCGCCAGAGCCUGCGGUUGGUGAUGGAGUACUUGCCCAGUGGCUGCCUGCGGGACUUCCUGCAGCGCCACCGCGCGCGCCUGCACUCCGGCCGCCUGCUGCUGUUCGCCUGGCAGAUCUGCAAGGGCAUGGAGUACCUGGGCGCGCGCCGCUGCGUGCACCGCGACCUGGCUGCGCGAAAUAUCCUGGUGGAGAGCGAGGCGCAUGUGAAGAUCGCGGAUUUCGGCCUCGCUAAGCUACUGCCGGUCGGAAAGGACUACUACGUGGUCCGCGAACCAGGCCAGAGCCCCAUCUUCUGGUACGCCCCAGAAUCCUUGUCCGACAACAUUUUCUCCUGCCAGUCUGACGUGUGGAGCUUCGGCGUUGUGCUGUAUGAGCUCUUCACCUAUAGCGACAAGAGCUGCAGCCCUUCGGCUGAGUUCUUGCGCAUGAUGGGGCCAGAGCGUGAUGGGCUUGCGCUCUGCAGACUUCUGGAGCUGCUGGCAGAGGGCCGGCGCCUCCCAAGGCCUCCUGCGUGCCCCACUGAGGUUCAGGAGCUCAUGCAGCUGUGCUGGGCGCCCCGCCCGCAGGACCGACCGACCUUCAGCACCCUGAGUCCGCAGCUGGACGCGCUGUGGCGUGGAAACCCCGGGUAGCAGCCAGGAAUACAGAUGUUAAAUUAUGUGACCCCGGGAUCUGCGCAAUUGUCACCUCUGGAAAUACUUUCCUGGCACAGCCGCCUCCUACAGAACUCCAGAUCCUAGUACUGCUCCACCUGGUCCAGGAACUCACCCGCCCCUUCCUCCCGGUCAGGGUCUGUAGAAAGUGCCUGUAUCCAUCUCCCCUGCCCUGUGGGCUCAGUGCGACUCCUCACAGGUUGGGCUCCGGGACAGUUUGAUGAAU